UUCAUAUUCAACACAAAAAUGUUUGCUAAAAUUAUAACUUUCGGCGCAAUCUUCGUCGCAGCGCAAGCUGGUCUCUUGGGACGUGCAGGAUACUCCCAACCUGGUGCUUACCCAUAUGGUACUGGAUCUCCUCUCCAUGGAGUUGCAGCACCAGGGCUUCCUUUAGGACAUACUGGCCAAUUGUCUUCUUCUGGACCUUUCUCCUACGGUGGCCAUUUCUCUCAAUCUGCUCCUUUGGGAUAUGCUGCUUCCUUAGGACAUGCAUCACCUUUACCAUAUGCGGCUCCAUUAGGCCAUGUUGGAUCUUUUGGGCUUGGAAAUCCAUCAGCAUAUGGGAGUCCGCUGGAUCAUCAGGGUGCCUUGGCCCACGCGGGACAUUUUAGAAAUUAUUUUAACAAUGGCUUACAAUCUUCAUAUGAUAAUGUCUACAAUCACGGCUCUCCUCUCUCAUACGGUGCUGCUGGUCCCGUCCCUUCACCACUCCAAUCACAAGCACACGCUAUUUCUCAUGUUCAGAGAACCUCUGUAUCUCAAUCAGCUCCCAUUGGUCAGUAUUCUCCUGCUUUAUCUCCUGCAGGUCCUUUAUCUCACUCUGCUGCUCUAGCUCACGCUGCGCCUUUGUCUCACGCCUCUCCUCUAGGUUACAAUGCUCACAAUUCAUUCAACCCAUUACCUUCGUUGGCAAAUGCUGGAUCUCUUGGCCACUUAGGCGGAUAUGGAUAUGCAAGACAAUACGCAGGAACCCAGAAUUACUACAGUCAUCCGAAGUAUGACUACUCUUACUCGGUUGAGGACCCUCACACCGGUGACCACAAAGCUCAACAAGAGAGCCGCGACGGCGAUGUAGUGAAAGGAGAAUACUCACUUCUGCAACCCGAUGGCUCCUACAGGAAGGUAUCUUAUGCAGCUGACGACAAAAACGGUUUCAAUGCGGUCGUCCACAACUCCGGACCUAGUCAUCAUGUGUAUUCUUCCCAGCAUCAUCACCAUUAGACCAUUAGAUCUCAUAACAUUAAGCUUGAUAACAACUAUGAUACCAAGUACAAAAUAUGAAUAUAGUCAAUGAAAUAAUUAAAA